AUGGAAGAGGCGGAAGAGAACUUAUCGACUAAGGCAACUAAAGAGAGCAAAACUGUUGCUGUUGCUGAUGAUUCCAUUACAGUGCGAAACAAUCACGGUGGUGGUAGUAGUACCAGCGGUGAUUCUAACCUUAGGGUUUCUCUGUUUGAUUUCUCUGUUGAGAAUUUCUUCCAUGACAUGGAAACCAUUGCUAAACUCUGUGGGGAAGAAGAACGCAAUGCUAAUGUUGAGCAAAGCGAGAUCAAGAGAAUGAGUUCUUCAGUCACUUUCUUAAGAGCAUGGAGAGAUUUUAAAUAUCCAUCUAAAAACAUUAGGUUUACUUAUGGACUUGGGAGCUCUGAGUGUUAUGAGAGAAAUAAUAUUGAAGACAUAAACUUACCUCAGUUUUCAUCUGCCGCUGUUCAUAAGUAUGAUACAGAAAAGGAGGAACUAUUUGGGGAUGCGGAAUCUCAAGAUUCCAGAGACUUUGUGAUGAAUGUUGGUGGUUCUGUAUGGGCAUUAGAUUGGUGUCCUAGGAUGCACGGGGAGUCAGAUUGUUCAAUUAAAUGCGAGUUCAUUGCUGUUGCGGCUCAUCCACCUGGUUCAUCUUAUCACAAAAUGGGUGCCCCACUUAGUGGCAGAGGUGCUGUGCAAAUAUGGUGUCUUCUAAGUAUUAAAGAACACAACAAAGAAGUAUCUUCUCUCCCCGGGAAGAAGGGAAAAAAACCUAAAAAAGACACAGGCACAAAUGACAAAUCGACAGAAAUAAAGAAUCCUACUGAAAAAAAUGAAGAAAUACUUCCUAUUACAAACAAGAGAAAAAGAGGAAGACCGAAAAAAAAUCCAGCUCCAAAUGAGAAUCUUGAAAACAAUGAAGAAAUGCAUCCUAUUACAAACAAGAGGAUAAAAGGAAUAUCGGAAAAAAAUCCAGCUCCAAAUGAAAAUCUUGAAAACAAUGAAGAAAUGCAUCCUAUUACAUACAAGAGGAGAAAAGGAAGAUCGAAAAAAAAUCCAACUGUAAUAGACAUACCAUCUGGUACUGUUCAAUUUGAAGAAAAUUCUAUUGAGUCUCCUGCUCCAGAUGGGUAUAAUGUAAACAACGAAGAAACACUUUGUGUUAAAUACAAGAGUAAAAAAGGGCCUAGAGAAAAUAAAACCUUGAAAACAAAAUCAGCACCAAUUAAGAGGCCUAGAGGAAGACCCAAACAGAAUUCAAAAGAAGUAACAGCGAGUGAUCCAAAUUGUGAGAACCAAUUUGUUUCUCUUGCUUCUGAAUUUCCAGAUUCAGCCGAAUUUAUUUCUCAGGAUGUAGUUCAUGGUAAUUCUGAUGAGAAUCAUUCGCAACAGUUUUCUAAUACAAAGGAAAAGAAUGCCAAGAAAGUUGCUUCUGCAUGCGAUUCAGAAACUCCUGCUCCAAAUGGGUAUAAUGUAAACAACGAAGAAACACAUUGUAUUACAUACAAGAGUAAAAAAGGGCCUAGAGGAAAUAAAACCUUGAAAACAAAAUCAGCACCAAUUAAGAGGCCUAGAGGAAGACCCAAACAGAAUUCAAAAGAAGUAACAGCGAGUGAUCCAAAUUGUGAGAACCAAUUUGUUUCUCUUGCUUCUGAAUUUCCAGAUUCAGCCGAAUUUAUUUCUCAGGAUGUAGUUCAUGGUAAUUCUGAUGAGAAUCAUUCGCAACAGUUUUCUAAUACAAAGGAAAAGAAUGCCAAGAAAGUUGCUUCUGCAUGCGAUUCAGAAACUCCUGUUACAAGGAGUAGGUUGGAUAUUAAUCACAUGGAAAGAAGCUAUAGCCAAGAUGCAAGUAGGCCAUUAUUGAAUCAGUGUGUGAAGGAGGAAGACCAUCAAUCACAUGGUAGCUCUGUAUUGGAACCUCAAGCAUCUACAUAUCCCAUUCCACAAAAUGUAGCAUUGCCAAAAUUUGUGUCAUGUCUGGCUCAUAAUGGAAAGGUGGCAUGGGAUGUCAAAUGGCGGCCUCUUAACAAUUUUGAUUCCUCAUGCAACCAUCGAAUGGGCUAUCUUGCUGUCUUGUUGGGCAAUGGAUCUCUGGAAGUGUGGGAGGUUCCCCUUCCUCAUGCAGUGAGAGCAAUUUAUACGCAUAUCGAAAGCACCGAUCCUCGUUUUCUAAGAUUGGAGCCUGUAUUCAAAUGUUCAAUGUUGAAGCGUGGUAGCUUACAGAGCAUUCCUUUGACAGUGGAGUGGUCGGUUACGCCCCCUCAUGAUUACUUACUUGCUGGCUGCCAUGAUGGAACGGUUGCUCUAUGGAAAUUCUCUACAAAUUCUUCAUCUAAAUGUGAUGAUACAAGGCCUAUACUUUGUUUCGGUGGAGAUACAGUUCCUAUUAGGACAGUUGCAUGGGCUCCUUUUGAAGGUGAUCCAGAGAGUUCUAACAUAGUAGUAACCGCAGGACAUGAAGGCCUUAAGUUUUGGGACCUACGUAAUCCAUUUCGUCCUCUGAGGCUCCUCAAUCCUUCCCAGAGAAUCAUAUACAGUCUGGUUUGGCUGUCAAAGCCAAGUUGUAUCAUUAUGUGCUUUGAGGAUGGAGCAAUGAAAACCAUUAGCUUGGCGAAGACUGCAAAUGACCUCCCUGUCACUGGAACGAUAUACAAUGGAAAAAGACAACCAGGGUUGCAUGGUUCUAUAUAUUCGUCUUAUGCUAUUUGGAGUGUUCAAGUGUCACCGAUAACAGGCAUGGUUGCAUAUUGUGGAGCAGAUGGUGCUGCCUUUCGUUAUCAGCUUACUGCUAAAGCAGUGGAGGCCGAACAUCCCCGCAAUCGAACUCCAUUCUUUCUAUGUGGGUCUGUAUCUGAAGAGGAAUCAACCAUCAUUGUCAACACUCAAAUAUCAAGCUCCCCUUUCCCAAUGAAGAAGGUGCAAGAUAGAGGCCACCAGGCUCAAUCUUUCCGAGACUUAUUGUCCAAGGCAAAUUUGAGCAGAAGUGCAAAUAAUCAAAUGAUUAAAGCUUCUGGUAACGAUUCUCAGUUUUUAGCCCUUUGUGAUGGCGACUCUCCGGAACAACAGCCCAAAAGACCAAAACUGAGUUGUAGCAGAAAGAAGAAACCGCAUGAAAGCACAUCUUUUAUUAGUAGAGAUGGGAAUACACCUGGAGUUGAUAAUGAAAAGCUUGAUUCUGGGAAUAUACCUGAAGUCUUUCCUUCAAAAAAGACAGCAUUGCAUAAAGUGAGAUGGAACUUGAAUAAGGGUAGUGAGAGAUGGUUGUGCUUUGGAGGAGCUAAUGGACUUGUACGUUGUCAGGAAAUUGUUUUCAAUGACAUUGAUAAGAAAAGGGCAUUGAAGAGAUGGUAG